UUGUGCCGGGUCUCCUGACUUUGAAUACAAUCCAUUAACAUCUGGCCUUCGCGUUUGCCAUCAUCACAGCAACCUAACUGUAAUCUUUUUGUCUUCUUUUUAGCAACUCCUGCGCCAUGAGAGCGAAGUGGCGGAAGAAGCGAAUGCGCAGGCUGAAGCGCAAGAGAAGAAAGAUGAGGCAGAGGUCCAAGUAAAUGGACUUGGCCCCACGAAGGCUGCAGAAGUGAAGGAUGCUGAAGGCCAGGACGCCGGUGCAAGCUGUCGGCCUGGGACCGCCCCUGUGGGCAGUACCGCCUCCGAUGGCCUCUGGAACACCCUCGCCGAGACCACCCGAGCAGCAGGCUGCCUUCCCUGCAACCGGAACAGCCCCGCUCGCCUUCUGCCCUGGACCUUUGUCAUUCUGGACUAGUUCUGUUCGCUUGUGGCCAAGUGUAACUCGUGUACAAUAAACCAUCAAUCUCGCUGUCUGAGCUGAAGAAUCAAAUUGCUGUUACGUGUUUCUUGCGGGUCGGGAGUUAGUGUGGUUGGGGCUGUGCCGAGGAGUGUAUCGGGAGCCUGCGCGGGCCGGCCCCCGGGUGUCUGGGGCCACAAGUGGGCCGUUGUGUGCGCCUGAGGCGGCUUUUGGGACCGCUGCGCAGAAGUGAACGCCGCAACUGUUCGCGUCGGAGGAGUCGAGUUGCCAUGGUGACGCGCAAGGCUUCCUGGGAGCUUCCUGCGGCUGGAAGCGCGCGAAUUGGACCAUAGAGUGUUUCCGGGUCUGGUGGCUAGAACAUCGCCUCUUCCGCAGGAAGCGGAAGGGCCGUAGGGUGGGCGGCUCUUUGUCGAAGCUAGAGGACCGGCAGGCGGCAGCAGCAACUACGGCGGCGGCGGCAGAACCCAGCAGUGAUGUGGAGGCAGAGACUCACGGGAGCCCCGGACUUCACCUGAGCUAUCUCAGGUAUUAAUUCUGUGAUAAUUGGUCACCAAGAGUGGCAAGAAAAGGAAGAAAAGCCUGAGUUGGGGGGGACAAGGAUGCCUGACCGGGACAGCUAUGCCAAUGGCGCUGGCAGCAGCGGUGGAGGUCCUGGAGGUGGUGGCAGUGAGGAGGCCAGUGGGGCAGGGACAGGCAGUGGGGGAGCCGCUUCAGACGCCAUCUGUAGAGACUUCCUGAGGAAUGUGUGCAAGCGAGGCAAGCGUUGUCGGUACCGCCACCCAGACAUGAGUGAGGUGUCCAACUUGGGGGUAAGCAAAAAUGAAUUUAUCUUCUGCCAUGACUUCCAAAACAAGGAGUGUAGCCGCCCAAACUGCCGUUUCAUCCAUGGCUCCAAGGAGGACGAGGAUGGAUAUAAGAAGACAGGAGAACUGCCUCCACGGCUGAGGCAGAAGGUGGCAGCUGGGCUGGGCCUUUCACCUGCUGACCUACCCAAUGGUAAGGAGGAGGUCCCUAUCUGCCGUGACUUCCUCAAAGGUGACUGUCAGAGAGGAGCCAAGUGCAAGUUCCGGCACCUGCAAAGGGAAUUUGAGUUUGAUGCUCGAGGUGGUACUGGAGGUGGAGGCUUGUCAGGCUCCAUUCCCCCUGGUCGACGCCAUGAUCUCUAUGAUAUCUAUGACCUUCCUGAAAGGGGCUUUGAGGACCACGAACCAGGCCCUAAGCGCCGGAGAGGUGGAUGCUGCCCUCCUGAUGGCCUCCAUUUUGAGUCCUAUGAAUAUAACUUGGCUCUACCCCGUGGAGUAGAGUGCAGACUGCUAGAGGAGGAGAAUGCCAUGCUCAGGAAACGUGUGGAGGAGCUGAAGAAACAAGUGAACAAUCUGCUGGCCACUAAUGAGGUACUUCUGGAACAAAAUGCCCAAUUCCGAAAUCAGGCCAAGGUCCUGACCCUGAGCUCUACUGCACCAGCAACUGAGCAAACCCUGGCUCCCACCGUGGGCACUGUGGCCACUUUUAACCAUGGCAUUGCACAGACUCACACCACUCUGAGCAGCCAGGCUCUACAGCCUCGUCCUGUGUCCCAGCAAGAACUUGUGGCUCCUGCUGGAGCUCCAGCUGCUCCCCCAACCAAUGCUGCACCUCCUGCUGCUCCACCUCCCCCACCUCCACACUUGAACCCAGAGAUCACGCCACUAUCAGCCGCUUUGGCUCAAACCAUCGCCCAGGGGAUGGCACCCCCACCUGUGUCCAUGGCCCCUGUAGCUGUGUCUGUGGCUCCUGUGGCUCCUGUGGCUGUGUCCAUGGCCCAGCCCUUGGCAGGAAUCACAAUGAGCCACACUACUACGCCUAUGGUGACUUACCCCAUUGCUUCCCAGAGCAUGCGUAUCACAGCCAUGCCACACUGACAGGACUAAUGGAUUCUUCCUGUUACAGCAUCUGAGGGCUGGGGUCAAGGGGCCCUUCCCCACUUGCCCUCCCAGGACCUGUCUGAAGGGCCACCCAGAAACUAGGACAAGAGACUACAAGGAAUAUACUUCAUAGGAGCAUCUCCUGAGGCAGGGUCAUGCUGGUGUGUUCUCUCUCCUUCAGGCCUCACUCAGACAGAGGCUUGCACAGGCAUUGAGACUGAGCCAGCAAAAAGAAAGGACUGAGGGACUGUUCUCUCAUAGGAAGUUGGGGAUGUCCCUGGUCUUGUCCUCACUUGUGAACAGUACAGGUUCCAGCACUGGUAUGAGAGAGGAAAAUUCCCUACCAAGAGCCAGGAAAGGUUGGGAAAGUGGGUAGUCAGGAGAGAAGACCCCAUGGGAGCCUUCAGACGAUUUGGGGCCUAAAAUUAUUCCUGGGCCCCUAGGAAGGCUGGGACCAUAGUACUUCAACCAGACUAGGGGAACAUUCGCUUACCUAGCUUGGCCUGGAAAUCUGUAGGGCAGUGCCCACCACCUUCCAAAGAAAUAAAAGACCAUUAUUUUUUAACAAAGGAAGUGAACAUUGCUUAGAUGGCUAUUGGGGAAGAUGGGAGCAUAAAUAGAUCUCAUGCUAAAAAGGGUAAAGACUUACCCUCAUGUAGCCUGCGUAAGUUGGGUAGAUACCAGCGAUGAAGGGUAGAUAUGUAAAAUGGCCAAGUGGAGCUCUGGUCUGGGGGAAGGCACUUUGUGGGAUAAAAGAAACGGAGCCACCUAGUCUAGUUUAAAAAUAGCCCUAUCUGUUUCUAGUCUCUGUCUUUAUGUGCUAUUCCCAGGUUUCCUUAGUAACCAGGGCUUUUAGGGUCAUUGGGGUGGGGGCAGGUACUAAGGGUUUGUGUACUGAGAAAUGGGGAUAUGGGGUGUUAUGCAGUUGACAGAUGCCCUUAUUCAAACAGCAGGACAGGUGGUGGUGCCUCUCCAAGCUGUUGAUGGCAGUUUAUAUCCUUCUGCUCCAACACUUCUUUCAGGGCCAGAGCUUUAAGCUUUCUGGGCUUCAGAAGGGCUAGGCAAAGGUGGCACACUUAAUACUAGCAGUUGGAAGGGGAGGGGACCUGCGGGUCAGGAGUUCAGAAUCAGCCUCAGCCACAUGGUGAGUUCCAUUGUAACUUGAGGCCUUCUUUCAAAAGCAAAACAUGGGACAAAACGAAACAUGGGACAGGUGUUAAUUCUUUCUUCUGUCUUGUCUGUACACAAGACCCGAAGGUUUUAAGCUGCUCAAGGGUCUUUAAGGCCAAACUUUAGCUAAACUCUAGUUUUUCUUCCAUCUGUGGUUAACAUAAGGGGGAAAAUUCAGGUGUCUAACGACGCAGCAAACUUGGUAUAGGAAGUGAUACUGGGUUGUGCUUCCUCCAUUGCUUCUCUGGUUACCUAUUGGCUCUCUGAUCACUCAGGGUAGGCACACCUGGGGUUGGAGAUGGGCGCUAGAUAAUGGCAGCCAUUUUAAAAAGGGUUUCUUAAAAUUGGGGAACGCUGUAGCACAUUCCUAUAAUCCCAGCUGCUUAUGAGCCUGAAGUGAAGAAAGCACUAAAGACAAGAUGUGGGCAAAUUGUAGUGGGAAGAUUCCAGUGGGUAAUAGGCACCUGCUGCCAACUAUGUUGGCACAGAGUUUAAGCCCUGAGGUCCACAUAAGAGGAAGAGAACCAAUUCCAAUAAUUUGGCCUCUGAGCUACACACAUAUACUAUGUAUGUAUGGACGGCACAAGCUCAUACUCACCUUGUUAAAUGGUUUGUUUUUUUUGAGAUAGAAUUUCUCUGUGUAGCCCUGAAUGUCCUAGCACUCUCUUUGUAGACCAGGCUGACCUCAAACUCCGAUCCACCUGCCUCUGCCUCCCAAGUGCUGGUAUUAAAGGUGUGCAUCACCAUGCCUGGCACCUACAACUUUUUUUUAUGGGUAAAUCUUUAUCUAUGCUAUUUACUGAUUUCAGAAACAUCUUGUUAAAAUUAAUAUUUGUCUUUGAUACAACUCGGAAUUUUUAAAAGAGAUGGCAUAUGAAUUGUUAGGAAUAUAAUUACACAUACCAGCAUGAAUUCUCAAAUCUUACCUUCAUUUCCUUUAUGCCAAGUGUCAAAGAAGUGAAUUCGAUGACGAAUAUGUAGGUGGAAGUUGUGUUUACUGUUAACUGCAGAGAGAGUGCGCCACUGCGCAGCGGAGUGUGGCCCAGUGCGGCCUGGUGCCACAAACUUGUGAUCCCAGCACUUGGAAGGAAGGGGCAGAAAGCGUCCUUGCAGAGGACCUCAGUUUAGUCUCCAGGACCCACCCCAUGCAGCACACAGCCACCUGUGACCCCUUCUCCAGGGGCUCUACACCUGGACUCAGCACCUGCACUCCGUAUGCGCACACUGCUGCAGGCACGCAUACAUACGGACAUUGUUUUGUUUUGUUCUGAGUCAGGGUUUCAGACCUUGGCUGUCUGUCCUGGACUCCAUUUGUAGAUCAGGCUGGCCUCAAACUCACAGAGAUCAGACUGCCUCUGCUUUCACAGCGCUGGGAUGACAUGUGCGCCACCACACCCAGCUAUGUAUUAAUUUUAAAGGUGGGGGAGAAACUUGCUUUGGGAUUUGGGUCAGCGAUUUGGGGGUUCUUCUGGAUUGGGUAUUACACAAGGCAGGGAUCAUUCUUUAAUCAGGCAUCUUUAUCUAAAAGGAGGGCAGGCUGCGAGGAUGUUAAUGCUUCCAUGGUGCUAGAGCAGUCUAGCUUAAAAGUAGAUGUUUGCUUCUUUGUGGCUUACACACUAACCUGUGCUUAAGAUUAUGAAUUGGUUUUGUUUCUUGUUUGUCAGUCAUUGGAGACAGUCUUGUGCUGAUAAUUUUGUACUUGGUUCAACAUCAAAAGUGAACCCAGCAGCUCAGUGAUAAACCUGAACGGCUGUGUAAGGCUAGUUCCUAGACAACAGGAAGGGGUGUGUGUGUGUGUGUGUGUAAGGGAUUGGAAGCUGCUUUCUUCUCAGUGCUUAAGUCAUUCGAUAAACAGGUGGGUCCCUGUGAGUGUGUAUGGGUGUUGCACAUGGUGAUCAUGCACACAAAAAUCCACAUGCAUGUACAGAAUUCAGCCUAAAGAAAUGGCUCAGGGAUUAAAGGCACUUGCUGUUCUUGCAGAGAACCCAAGUUCUGUUCUAAACACGUACAGAGCAGAUUACAACUGUAUAACUACAGUUCCAAUGAGUUCUAAUGCCCUCUUCUAGCCUCAGAGAGCACAGAGCACACAUAAGGUACACAUACACACGUAUGCAGGCAUAUAGUGAUACAAAUAAAAAUCAGUCUUUUUUUAGAGAUAUUUAUGUAUAUGAGUGCUCUAUGAUAAGCCCAAGAACUGUUUAGUUAAAGAAACAGAUGGGGUUGGACAGAUGGCUCAGAGGUUAAGUGCAUAGUGGUUUUGCAGAGGACUAGAGGUCAGUUCCCAGCACCCAUGUCAGGCACCUCACAACUCUAGGACCGAGAGGAACUGACCCCUCUGGCCUUCACCGGCACCUGCAUUCAUGUGCACAGGUUCACACACAGACACACAAGCACAGUAAUGAAAAGUGUCAUCCAGAACAUCAGACUGUGAAGGUUGUCCAAACACGACAAGGAUCGUGUUUCCAAAUUAAUAUGUGGGGGUGGGGGGAGAGAGAGGGAAGGCACACUGAAAUUAUACCAGCAGUCCUACCCAUAAAAUGGCUGACGAUAAGUGUGUGUGGGCCCUUAACUGAGGAAAAGUUGCGUGUAGAAGAGUCUGUCAGCCCAUGGCAUUCCCCUGUAUUAGAAAAAGAGAUCAGGGAAGUGGAAAGUUAACAGAUUUGAGAUAGGUGAAUAAGUAAUCCAACUAAUGCUUUCAUUAUGACUUGGAACUCCUUUACCUUUUUUUUUUUUUUUUAACCUAAGGCAUGGCCUCUGCAGAACAAACUAUCCAUUAUAUAUCACUCAUAUUUGGUCUCAUAUAGGCUUGCCAGGUCUGUUAGCACAAUGAAAUGAAAUUGAAAGGAAAUGUGUUAGAAGCCUCAAAAUUUCAUGAAAAAAAAAAAUACCAUGUUAACAGUAAAGGUUUAAAGAAAAGUUUUUCUAUCACCUGGCAAAAAGCCAAGGAAAUUAUAAGAGAUUGUCCUACUUGUUUUUUGUAUAACGAAACUCCAUUACCUGCUGGAAGUAACCCUAAGGAUAUCAAAAGAAAUUAAAUCUGAAGCCGGGUGGUGGUGGUGCACGCCUUUGAUCCCAGCACUCAGGGAGGCAGAGGCAGAGGCAGGUAGAUCUCUGUGAGUUUGAGGCCAGCCUGGUCUACAGAGAGAGUUCCAGGAUAGCCAAAGCUACACAGAGAAACCCUGUCUCCAAAAAUACAACAAACAGGAAAGAAAGAAAGAAAGAAAGAAAGAAAGAAAGAAAGAAAGAAAGAAAGAAAG